ACUCGAUAGGGCGUGUUUACGGUUUCGCGGUCGGCAAAAUGAAUCCCUCCUUCGGACAGGAAGUGCCAUCGGGUGAAGUGUUGAAUGAAGUAGAGUGACGCGUGAAAGCCGGAACCACUGUGAACUGAUCGGUUGCAUGGUCUGGUCUGGAGGCAAUCUGCAACUGUCGUCGCCUGUCGAACCGAGGACGGAAGGUUGUCAGCAGUCGCUAUCCUGCGGUCUUCGUUGAACGACGUAUCGAACAUCGUCCGUGUAUAGUGAAGGGUUGGCACACAAGGACAGCUCUCGCAAGGAAUCUCCUGCAACCGCGGUUGAAUUAAUAAUUUAACGCCAGUUUGGUGUGGAGUGAUAGUCAUUAACGAGCUCGUUACCGUGGAUUCUGUUGUUAUCGUUACCAAUGCGAGCGUGGUAGCAUUCGGAAUUUACCCCGGCGGUAUGUUUUAGUGCAUUUGUGGCUCUCGGGGCCAAUUGUUCGAAGUGUGGUUUGCUAAUUGCUAUGUAAGCCAUAGUGUAAUCCUUUGGCAGUGAAACCUAUUUGAUCGAUUCGUUCGCCGGGGCAACUCAUCAGCAUAAUCAUAUUAUAAAAUGCGACGAACGGAACAAGCGCUGUUUUAAUCAUGUGGUGCGUUGAAUCAAUAUCUAAUUAGGAGUGAAAACAAAAGCUGAGGAGAUAAAAAUUAAUAAUAGAUUGUGCUCGAUCAUUUUCCCGAUGGACGUGUCCUGGGCAGUGAAACAGCGCCCGAGUGCACCUGGGAAAGGAAAUAAUUAAAAAUUCAAAUUUCACGAGCAUUGGUGAUGAAUAUUCAUGAUGAGCCCGUGGGUCAGUUGUAGGCUAUUCUGCAGUGUGGGUGCACCUGAUGGAUUAUCGUUAAAAAGCUCGACCACUUGAUGCAAUUGUGGAAUUAUCGUUUCUCGUGCAAAUUGUUCCCGGUCCACCGCCGCUUCGGUUAGUGAAGUGAUGAGCAACGGGCAGAGUUCCGCUUCCGGUCACAGCUGGCCCUGGCAGACUGUCCCCAAGUUCUAAGUGGAUGAGCAGCAGCGGCCAAAUGAAUGAUGAUACCGCUUUCCACUCGACUGGAACACCGAGCGACAGUUGAAAUGAUUGAUGAAGCUACGCUGUGCAAAUAACGAAACAAAUAAUUAUAAAUUUAUGCCUGAAAUUAAUUUGAUUGGGUCCGAGGCCUAUCCUCGCUCAGCGCUCUGACGAAUACUCGGCGUUUCUGUAAUUAGUGUCUGAGGUGUCGGUUUUUGUCGAAUCUGUAAUUCUCUUUCAACUUGACGCACCUGUAGUUAGCAUAGGAAAAUAUUCUCCAUUCUGUGAACUCACGCUAUCGCUCCGUAGUUAAUACAAAAUUAAUCAAAAAAAAAAUUGCAAAAUUCUCAAGUGUUUUAUCGAAAAUGAUCUCUCGUUGGAAUAUCUGCUUGCGAAUAGUACUCCUGCAGCUGCUGAACGUAGCUCGACCUUCCCUUGGAUACUUCGACCUGUUCCUGAACCACUCGGAAGUAAUCAAAUUAAUGGGUAUCGAGGCGGAUCUGUUCUACGUACGAGACGGGGCCAUUAACGACUAUGCCAUCAGCUUCGUGGUUCCGAUGAAGACCGGCAUCGACGAUUUGCAGUUUUCCUGGCAGAGCCGUACGGCAUAUCCGCUUCCCUACACGAUAUCGGUCCACUACGACGACAACGAAGGCGUACUGCAGCAUCCGGAGCUAAACAUCCCCAGCAGUGGCAUCAUCCCGAGGACAGUGGAGGCAUUCACGGUUCAUCUGCUGUGUUCUGGUAACGUGUCGAAAGAGGUGCCGGUCGGGAUUCACCUGCAUGUCGAAGGACCGCCGAAGCAAAACGAUACAAAAUUGAUUAUCAAACGAAAUAAAAUUUGCAUUAAAGGCAUCUUUCCACCGCGGCACCGCCUCCCGGCAGCGGAAAUUGCACCACCCCAGGGACCGGCUCUGCUGGGUGCGGCGGCCUGUGCCCUCGGUCUGGUGCUGGUGGUGGGGCUCAUUGCCAGCGCGAUGUACGUGAGGGCCCGCAAGCAGAUCCGCCAGGAUUCACUACACACCAGCUUCACCACCGCUGCUUAUGGCAGCCAUCAAAAUGUUUUCAUCCGUCUGGAUCCCCUGGGGCGACCUCCCAGUGCGAACAGUGGUUCCUAUGCUACGAUUGCCAGCCUCAACAAAUACCCCAUCAGCGAGUCGAAGAAGUCAUGGUUUCGAAGCACUCCAUCGCCAUCACCGUACGCGACAGCACUGCUUCCGCUGAACCAUGGCCACAGCAAUGGCGGGCUUGCUGCGACGGAAUCCGUCUACGCGAAACCGGAAUCGGUCUGUCCAUCCCGGGUGUCCUAUUACGCCUCAUCGCAACUGACUCAGGUCUACAGCCUAUCGACUCCGGCCCGAAGUAUCCAUAGCAAUAGCUCCAACCCGAAGGACAAACUCCGGAGGAUUGCCGUCUCGCCGGACACUGUCAUCUGCCAGCAGCUGGUGCAGGAGGGAACCUACGGGCGGAUCUUCUACGGCAUACUGCAUCACCCUCUCGGCGAGACGAGGGACGUUCUUAUCAAAACUGUUGUCGAUGGUGCCUCGCUCAGCCAAGUGGCCUAUCUAUUGUCGGAAGGAUCGACGCUCUGUGGGGUAUCCCAUCCCAACAUACUGUUUCCGGUGGCCGCUGUCACCGAGCUUUCAGGUCCGCCGAAAGUUGCCUAUCCACUGGCAACCAAGGGAAAUCUCAAAAUAUACCUCCAAAGCUGCCGGGAUAUCGGCAUGCAGGGUUCGGGCGUGUCACUGAGCACCCGUCAGCUGGUGGAUUUCGGCCUUCAAGUGUCCCGUGGCAUCUCGCAUCUUCAUUCACUCGGAGUCCUGCACAAGGAUAUCGCCACCAGAAAUUGUGUGCUCGAUUCAGAGCAAAACGUACGAGUCUGUGAUAACGCACUGUCGCGUGAUGUGUUCCCGAAUGACUACCACUGUUUGGGUGACAACGAGAACCGGCCGAUCAAGUGGAUGGCACUGGAAACGCUGGAAAAGAAGUUCUACACCACGUCGAGUGACAUCUGGAGCCUGGGGGUGCUGCUGUGGGAGCUGGCAACACUGGCAGUUAUGCCAUUUGAGGAGGUGGACUCGUUUGAACUGGCUGCUUACCUUCGAGAUGGCUACCGGUUAGCGCAGCCCGUUAACUGUCCGGAUGAAUUCUACACGGUUAUGUCCUGCUGCUGGCUGGCGGACUACAAGCAACGGCCGUCGUUUCCGCAGCUAAUUGCCUACCUGCACGAUUUCCACGAGGAUUUAGGCAAGUACGUCUAGCGUGGCUGCGUGUCAAGCGGUGAUUUCUGGCGCCACCCUACCACCACACGGCACAGUCAGCAGAGGAGGAUGCCUACUUCAGUGAACUAGGUUAGUCGAUAAGGAAGAAGAAAGGUGCUUUCAACAAACUAGGCGUCGUCGCCGUAGUCAUUUUUUCACACGAAAGAGAGCAGCGUGAGCGGAGUCACUAAACGUCCAUAUAGCAGGCCAUGAUGCACCCAUUCAUUAUAACAGCUGCGCCUUGUAGUGGACCUUGGAAAGAAGAUGCUGCCGUUACACCAGUCUCGGUUUUGUAGGCCCGAGAGGGAAGCUUGGUAGAAGCUUUGUAGAAGAUAAAAAAGUGAUAAUUGGGUCGGUAGGUGCAAUAAAGUAACAAACGAGGAGCACAGAUUCGAUAGAAACGGAAUUGUUUUCUGCAUAGCUGGCGCAUUGACUAUCCAUUAAUUUCUCCUUUUUAUAUCGUUUAGUCUUCUUGCCACUAGAAUAAUUUUAAGAGAAACAGGAAAACUCAAACCCCCUAUUCAUACAGGAUUGACUAGGUUGGAUUCACUCCAACUCAAUCCAGUAUUUAUAAAACGGGAUGGCAAUGACACAAAGGUAUGUACAUCUAUGGUUCUGCCAACACUGCCAAAUAAUAUCGUUUCAGUUUUAGUUCGCAUAAAUUUUACCAUUUUUUUCGCGAUGCUCGGUUUUGUUGACUGAUUACAAUCGAUAAAGUGGAAGAACUGUUAACUGCCAAUAUCGUACCAUUGCUAUUCCUCCGAUUAACCACUACCGUUGAGUGAUUUCUGUGAUUUUAUAUCGUACUCAUCUACAGGAAGCCACCUUCGUUCUUCACUUUCAACACAGAGAACAGACAUAUAAGCUGAAACAAACUUUCCAGAAAAACCUGUGUAAACAUUUAAAUGAAAAUACGUUGAAAAUCACCAUCGCAUACAGAUUCGCAUGCGUGAGUCACCAUUGUAUCCAAGUUUGCACACAAGUCCCGUAUAGCGAUUGCUGGCCGAUCGAAGCGCCGACCAGUGGCAAGUUGCUACUUGCUGUUGUCAUUUCAAAACGACAGUUUUAUUUCUUACACAAGUUGAUAACUUUACUUGUAUGUCAGUUGUCAGUGCUUCAAUAGCCAUCGCUCUGUACAGUUCAGUCUCUGUCAUAAUGACCAAAAGCAAUAAGUGCGAUGCUGUCUCUUGUUUUGGUUCUGCUGGCUAACGGAGUCAAAAGAUUUGUUGCGAAUUGUGUGCUAAAUGGUUUGAUCAUAAGUGCGUAAACCUCAAUAACUCUGUGAUUAAAUCUCUUCGCGAAACUCACCACGGCUUCGUCCCCAAGCGAUCUACUUACACAAAUCUAGUAGCUCACAUAAUUUCGCGCCAAUUCGAACAAAUGUUGGCAGCACCCUCUCAGAUUUUAAUGAAACUUUCUGUACACGAAGACUUUGUCACAAAAAGCCACUUUGCAUACUUUGUUUCACCAAAAAUGAUCUAGACUGUCAUUUGAAAAGGGUCAAACUUUUUUUGCCAAUUUUGUCUAAAAAUGACAAAUCCUACAAAAAAUGUUAGAGGAGUGAUUUUCACAAAAUUAGUCAAAUUUUUGAAUAAAAAUAUUGAAAAAAUUCUUCAUCGACUGCUAUACUGAACAAAAUCUAUUUUGAAAAUUUAAAGUCGACUUACUAAAAAACCCCAUCUUUGAUUUGGAUGAAAUUUUGUUACAAUAUAGGUAAUUAUGUUCUCUACCUACCGUCAAAAAUUCAAGUUGGGCACUUCAAUGAAAAAAGUUAAAUAACUUAAAUAAAAAAGAAUUCCUUGUCCAAGCAGAAUUUUUUUCAGUGUAUUUGUAUCGAAAACUAAACCAAUGAAAGUCAUAAUCACUUCAGAAUACAAUUUCCCAACAGCUAGUUGCAUGAUACAUGCACAAAGUAUCAGUAACGAAUUUGGUAUAUAUUCAUAACAAAUUUGAAUGUAAACUUUCAAAUGUGCACAAUAAUUAACGCUAAUAGGCUUCUACUUUUACAUUUUUUUAAAAUAAUUUGCACGAUGACGAAGUCGACCGAUAAAUCGACACACAAUAGCCUCCACUGCGAGCCGUGUCCAACAACCCCGCCAUUAAGCUGUGGAAUAAUGUUUGCAAACACGACCCACAGCAAAAAUCAAUUCACGUCAACCCGCGAGUCGGCCACGCCAUCGCGCACAGACCAGUAGUCGUUUGUAUGAAAAAACUCCACACAUUACUAUCGAGGCGUAAUGUAAUAACCAUCUUAAAACAAUUGUCUGUCAAAGGUUCUUUAGCACUGAUGCACGCAAUAUGCUUGAUGAUGUUUGCAAUACCGUCAAACCCCUCAACCAAGGGGAAUACAUGGUUCACACCAAAAAAUGAUGAAAUUUAAACGACAUGUAAAUCAAUACGAAUGUAAACAUACAAAGUUUGAAUCAAAAAUUUGAUUGAAAAUUAAGUUUAAUUCGAUGCACUCAAUGGGAGCAUCAAAAAGAGUAUGAUUGUACACAUUCGUUCGUGUAAUAUUACAUGUCAUUUAUUUUACAGCAGUAUCGGAAUAAAAAUAUAUUAAUGUGCAUUGGUAUCCGGUUUAAUGAAACUGCAUUCUUCAAUCAACGUGUAAAAUUAUAAUAAAAUUCGUUGAACAAAGCACGACAAGUAGUGUGUAUUUGUGGUGGAACUUAAUUUUACUUUUAUAUUUUUGCUCCAAAUAUGUGCAUGAAAAUAAAUUUUAAAUUACAAAAUAUUUUUUUUCUGUGUAGGCCUUUUUAAAACAAAAAAAUAGAAUAACUCAAGAACUGUUCGAUAUAUCUGUUCAAUAAAAUGGUGUACUUCUAUGAUGGUAACAAUUUUGUGGAACUGAAAUGUUUCGAAAUCUUUUUUUUUUUUGAUAGUUGUCCUACUGGAGUUGUAGAGCUAUCAGCUAGUCACACUACAAUUGCAGAGGAGACAGGCAACGUUGCCCACUAAAACACUGCUUGGCCUUAAGCAGCGGGCCAUGGUUCUGAAUGUGAUAUUCAUUGUACGGUUCAGAUAUGUGCUGGCGUAAAGGUUUUGCGAUCGCGUGUAUCAUCGCGAAGGGCUUGAACAUUUGUUCGCUAAAGUGUAUGUAACCUCGCGUGUAUAAAUUCGAUUUUAUACCCGUGUGCCUUUCGUAUAAUCGCGUGUGUUCUUGGAACACACACACACGCGUGAAUCCGAUACUUAAUUUUCGGUGUACGGUUUAGAUGCUAGAAGAAAGUAAAAGCUUCCAUAUCACUGAAGUUGCCGGUCAUGUCGCCAUUGAACGUGUUGUCCAGUGGAUAUAAGGGCUUUCUUUUUUUAAUUGGUUUAACUCAAGGCAUGGACCUAGUCUGCUGAUACCAAAAAUAGAAUCUUCCAAAAGUGACUGAAUCAUGAUCGUGUGAGCGCGGGAGUUGUUAAAUUCACGCUUGAGAUCGCGUUUGAAAAUUUAUAAGCGCUAUGACGUUCACCUGAUCUCCGGGAUGUUAUUAUGUUUGAGAGAUCUCGCGUGUAGGUGCCGUGGAUAGUCGCGAAGGGCUCAAGCAUUAGUAAGUACGUUGACGGGUUUGUCACGUGAUCCUUCUUCAGAACUAAAUAGGAAAAUAAAGAAGUAAUAAUGGAAUACUUGCUUAAUGACAUAAACACUUUUCAAUUGGAUUCUUGAUUAAUAAAAAAUAUACUAAAUUGCUAAAUUAAACAAUAUCUUCUCACGAACUGAGUUUGAUUGGAUUCAGAGAUGAUUAUGACUUUCAUUGGUUUAGUUUUCGAUAAAAAUACACUGAAUAAAAAUUCAGUUUGGACAAGGAAAAGUUUUUUUCAAAUAACUCUUAUCCUUGAAUGUGCCCAACUUGAAUUUUUGACGGUAUAGUGAUGUCUGAUUUUUGCAAAUAAUCGAUUAUGCGUCAAUCGAAUAAUUUUUGAGAGCUUGAUUAACAGUUAUGUGUCCAACAAAAAAACACCUUUAACAGGCCAACGAGGGUACCCGGGUACCCACAAAUUGAAAUGCUCAUAACUAUGGCUUCCUGCAACCGAUUUGAACACUUUUAGAUAUUUUGGAUUCAGGAACUCAUCCACUUUUUGAUUCUGUACAAUAGAACCGGAAUAAUGGAUCUGGUUUUGGUAAUCCGGAUUUUCCGGAGUAAUGUUCCAGUACUAGGAUAUGAUUUGUAAAUUUUAAUAAUGUACUAGCAAUAUGAGUAUCAAAACUCUUCAAAUUGUCUCGGAAGUCUGUUUUUUAUUGUUACGGGACCCUAUGGCAAUUUGAAAAAUGGAAUUGGAAUGGAAUGGCCACUCACGGCCCCACGGGAACCUGCUCCGGAAUGUCCGUUCCGGGGUCAAACCACCAAAUGGUUCCAAAACCACGAGAUACAGCCAACUGAUGCAAUUCCAAGAAUUUUGAUACCCAUAUUGCUAGUAUUCCAUUGAAGUUCGCAAAUAGUACCCCAGCACUGGAACCUGCUUCCGGAAACCCGGAUUCGCGGGAACCGAAUAAAGUAACCCGAUUCAUUUUUAUCAAGUCGAAAAGUGGAUAAGUUCCUGAAUCCAAAACGGCCAAAUGUAUCGAAAUCGGUUGGAAAUUACCUUAGUUACGGGCAUUUUAGUUUUGUGGGUACCCGGGUACCCACGUCGGCCUGUUACGUAGUAAAAAAAUUCAGGAGCCCCUCCUCACUCCCACCCUUACUAUAUCAACAACAUUAUUAACCCAAAAGCUUGACUUAGUGAAGUUCUAAGAUGUCACAAAGUUUCAAUUUCCAGCUAUGGAUAAAACAUAGGAAUUUAAUUAAUUGAAACUUAAAAAGGUACCCGGGUACCGCGUCGGACACACAACGGUUAAAUGAUUCGAUUAAUCGGUCAAGACAAUCGAUUAAAAUCAAUAAUCGAUUAGGUAGAAAAUCUUAUUUUGUGAACCAAACAAAAAAAGGGUCGCUGGGUCUAUUUUGAAAUUUUGAGUCGCUUGGAUAUUUUGUUUUGCCGUUUUCAUAUUUACCAUUAGCACAUUAUCUUCAUGAAUUAUGUUGUCGAUUAAUUGAUAUCAGCUAAUCGAUUUACUCGAUUAUACCGAAAUCUUCUAUUAGAUUAUUAAUUUGUCCAUUAUUUAAGAAAUUAAUCGAUUAUUUGCGUUAAUCGAGUAAAAACAUACAUCACUAGGUAGAUGGGGAACAUAAUUACUUAUCUUGGAACAAAAUUUCAUCCAAAUCAAAGGUGGGUUUU